AGCCUAUAACAAUAUAUAGGGUACAUCAUAUCUCCUUAUGAGACCGAUGUUUUUACAGAUGUUUCAGUGGAUGUCUACCAGGUGCAGCUCGCCCUUCCCUAGAACCAUCUGCGCUGAGACGGUGAAAAUCUUUACCCUCAGGUGGUUCCGCGUUCACCACCGACCAAACCCCUUCCUGCCUCGACUGACUCCUGCAUCCUCUUCAAGCACCGUGAGUUAAAUCUUUAAAGGGUUUUUUGUCAGCAGCGCCAACUGAAAGAAAUGACGGAGCGAAAGAACUUUUCUGAAGUUAUAACUCAAAUAUUACAAGAGGCGCCAGCCGCCAGGAGGGCUCUCGUUGACAACCACAGCAACCUCCUCCGAGUCGCAGAUUACUGCGAUAGCAAUUUCCUUAAGGGAGAGGAUUCAGCCAAGGCUAUUGAAGAGACCAAGGCUUUGGCUGCGCAGGCGCUGGCCAGCGUGUCCUACCAGAUCCACAAUCUGGCCAGCACCCUGCUGAGGCUGCUGGACUCGCAGGCCAUGCACAUCAAAGAAAUGGAGUCCUCAGUCAACUUGCUGUCACUGGCUGCAGCUAUUCACUUCGACAAGAUAGCCAGGAGACAGAUUGGUGUUUCUACUACUCCAAAAAGCAGGAGUCGUUCCAAUCUAAUGACCCCACCGGCUUCGGGCAAGGAGCCAGAGCAAAGCUACUCAAGAGAGCCAAUAUCAUAUUCCAUCUUGGACUCCAUUGGACACAGUUUUGAGGUUGCUGAGCAGCAGCCCACAGUGAGAGCAGGGACCACAGACAGCAUAAAGAGAACAGCAGACCACCCUGUAUCCAGUCUUGGCAUUGCUGUGCCUCCACCGUCAGUCCCCACCUUUCAAACCGCCUCCAACCCCACCAACAACAACCUGCCUCCUCCUCCUCCUGCCUAUGUGGACCCUGAUAUGAUUGCUCCUCCUCCUCCUCCACCACCUCCCUCCUUCUCUAUGGACACUGGCCUACCCCCUCCGCCCCCUCCACCGCCAAUCUCUCCAUCAAAUGACAUGUACCCGCCUCCACCUCCUCCUGUAACAGGAGAUGCCCCUCUUCCUCCUCCACCUCCUCCAGUAUCAGGUGCUGGUCCUCCUCCUCCUCCUCCUCCACCACCAGUAUCAGGAGCCAGUCCUAUACCUCCUCCACCACCACCACCACCAGUAUCAAGAGCUGGGCCUCCUCCACCACCAGCAUCAGGUGCUGGUCCUCCUCCUCCACCACCAGCAUCAGGAGCUGGUCCUCCUCCUCCACCUCCUCCUCCUCCACCACCACCACCAGUAUCAAGAGCUGGUCCUCCUCCACCUCCUCCACCACUAGCAUCAGGAGCUGGUCCUCUUCCUCCACCUCCUCCUCCUCCUCCACCACCACCAGUAUCAAGAGCUGGUCCACCUCCACCACCACCACCUCCCCCUCUUCUACACUAACGAACAUUAUAGUUCAUGUUAUUGGAUGAUUUCGUUCUUUCUAAGGUUGCUCAGAUCACUUGUAUAACUAAUGGUUUUGCCAUUAGGUGGAUGUAUAAGAUGUCUGCAGCAUGGGAAAUAUUUUCGGGAAUGUUGUGAGAAGUUAAGCAUGAAUAAAAGGUUGAAAAAGUG